AUUCUUCUCUCACGUGGCACGCUCACAAAUUCUCAAGAUGCCAGACUCGAUCUCUGGAAUACCAGAAAAAGAUGACUUCCAAAACGAGCUUGUCUUUGAGAGAAACCGACUUCCACCAAGAGCAUACUUUAUCCCAAAGCACGCUCUGAAUCUCAACGGGCGUUGGAAGUUUCAUUAUGCUUCAUGUCCUGCUAAGGCUCCAUCUGAGUCUGAAGACAUUGAAUCAAUUGAAGGUUCAUCAACAAUCGACGUUCCAGGCCACUGGCAGCUACAGGGCCACGGCAAGCCACACUAUACGAAUGUUCAAUUUCCAUUCCCAGUCUGUCCACCCUAUGUUCCUUCCGAGAAUCCAGUGGGAACCUAUUCCACAGAGUUCAGAGUACCUUCCAAAUGGAAUGGUGGAGGCGAAAUGAGUUACCGAUUGAGAUUCGAAGGCGUCGAUAGUGCAUUCCAUCUCAGUGUUAAUGGCUCUCCAUUUCAAGCGAGGUAUAGUCAAGGAAGCCGUAAUCCUGCAGAGUUUGACAUCACCGACCUUUUGACGAAAGAUGGAUCAAAUUUGAAUAAAGUCACAGUUCGUGUUUAUCAAUGGUGUGAUGGGAGUUAUAUAGAGGAUCAAGAUCAAUGGUGGCUUUCUGGUGAAGUUACUUCGAUUCUGUAAUCAUUCUUUGGCUAACAGAAAGACAGGCAUAUUCCGAGAUGUUUAUUUAAUUGCAUUUCCGACACGGGGCUAUAUCGAAGAUUUCACUGUGCGAACAGAGCUUGAUAAAAAUUAUCAGAACGCGCAGUUGACACUUGAUCUUGUGUAUUCCCUAGCAAGAGCAUCAACCGUUAUUGUUAAGCUUAAAGGUCAGGGAACUGCACCUAUGGUCUUUGAAAAAAAGCUUGAACUUGAACCUCAAUCAACCAGCAAAGGCUUCAGUUUCGAUGUCGAAAAUCCCCUGAAGUGGACCGCCGAAACACCUGCACUCUAUAACCUUUCAAUUCGGCUUGGCGAACAAUCCGAGAAACAAGAGCCACUUCAAACCAUCCAUCAAGAAGUUGGAUUUCGUAAGGUUGAGAUCAAGAAUGGGAAUUUGACCGUCAAUGGCAAAGCUGUUCUUUUAAAUGGAGCAAACCGACAUGACCACCACGCUAAAUAUGGCCGAGCUGUUCCACUGGAUUUCAUACGUCGAGACCUCCUUCUCAUGAAGACUCACAAUAUCAAUGCCCUGCGGUGCUCCCACUACCCUUCUCACCCUGAAAUCUACUCGAUGGCAAACCAGCUUGGGCUAUACGUCAUGGAUGAAGCAGAUUUGGAAUGCCACGGAUUUUACGACGCGGUUGCAAGGCCUUUGGAGAUUCCCGAAAGCAAGCCAUACGAAGAGAGGAAGUUGUUGACUUUUCCACAGUCUGCUAAAUUUACUACUGACAAGGAAUCGUGGCAAGGGGCUUAUGUGGAAAGAAUGAAGCAGAUGGUUCAUAGGGAUAAAAACCACCCGUCUAUCAUCAUGUGGAGUUUGGGUAACGAAGCUUUCUAUGGGAGGAAUCACAAGGCUAUGUACGACUGGACCAGACAAGCGGAUCCAACUCGUCCGGUACACUACGAAGGAGAUGCAAAAGCGCUAUCGGCCGACAUGUUUAGCUACAUGUACUUACCAAUCCCAGAGUUGAUCAAACGAGCAAUCGAGGAUGGAGAUGAUUUCGAAAAACCAAUCAUUCUCUGCGAGGUAAGCGAACCUCCAUUUUUCUCGUCAUUUCCUGGAGCAAAUCCGCCUUCCAUCCUUUUAUUCUUUUAUACCAUAUUAAUGCAAGCGGAGUCUAACAUGCCAUUAGUUUGCUCAUGCCAUGGGAACAGGUCCUGGGGCAUUGAAAGAAUACCAUGAUGCAUUCCUUGCCCAUCGUCGGCUUCAAGGUGGUUUUAUUUGGGAAUGGGCUGACCAUGGAUUGCAAACCACAACCAAAGAUGGUGGGCCAUUCUUCGCUUAUGGUGGGGAUUUCGGAGACUUUCCCAACGAUGGCAAUUUCGUCAUGGACGGUUUAUGUGACUCGGAACAUAACCCGAGAUCAGCUCUAGUGGAAACCAAGAAAGUGUUUGAACCAGUCCGUAUCCAGAAAGUGGACGACAAGUUAGUAAUUACAAACUUGUACGAUUUUGUCUCACUGGAUCAUCUUAAGGCACAUUGGAAAAUUUCCAAAUUCUCCACUGGGUAAGACUUGCUAUCAUUGAUGAUUCCUGCGAAUAUGCCUAACAUUCUUGCAGAGCGAACGAAUCAGUUUUGGCAUCUGGACCUCUGUCACUACCAAAAAUUGCGGCCGGAAACUCUGCAACAAUUGAUCUUCCAGGCCUGGACCAUUAUCAACCUGGAGGUGGCGAAUUCGUCGUUUCUAUCUCCCUCGAACUUGCCUCCUCGAACCUGUGGGCAGAAGCUGGGCACCAGAUUGCGUGGGGCCAAUUCCCACUCAGCAGAAUCGAGUCCAGCAGUACUGAAAAGGCUCAUGGUUUCGAUAGCCCAGUUAUAUCUACUCAUAAAGCAAUCCUAUCAUUUUCCACGUCGGAUCUCAAUUUUCAAUUCGACACCAGCACAGAUCAAAUCAUCAAAUGGGCUGUAAGAGGAAAAGACAUCUUCGAUGGCGCAGAAGGACCACAACUAACAUUCUGGCGUGCUCCCACGGAUAAUGACAUACCCGAAAUUGCCUUAUAUUGGGCGCUCUUUGGUCUCGAUUCCAUGGAAAAACAAGUCCGAUCCUAUAUUCAUACUUGUAUCGACGGGGUACUAGAAAUCACAGUCAAGAGCUGGAUUGGCCCUCCCAUUCUCGCUUGGGGGUUUGACACAACUACAAAAUAUAUUGUAUCUGGAGAUGGAAGCAUCAAAAUUGACAUCUACGCUGAGCCACAAGGUCCAUUUCCAACCACGUUACCGCGAUUCGGGCUCGAAAUGGAAUUAGCGAAAGAUACCAGCACGGUAAAAUGGUACGGUCUUGGACCAGGCGAAACCUACCGCGACAUGAAACAAGCGGGUAAAUUGGGAGUAUGGGCAAAAGAAGUUGACCAAAUGAUCACUAGCAACGCAUUUCCUCAAGAAAGCGGGAAUCGAACUGACACCAAAUGGAUCCAUCUUCUCAAUCCCAAGGGCACAGGACUCCAAGCUGAAAUGUGGUGCGAAGAGCCAUUCGGGAAUGGAAGUUUCGACUUCAACGUAAAUAGACAUACAGCACACGAAUUGGAGAAGGCGAAACAUCCUCAUGAAUUGGCGUCCAGUGAUAAAGUCAUCUUCCGGAUUGAUGGGUCGCAUCACGGGCUAGGAACUGCGAGCUGUGGCCCACCUACCUUGGAACAGCAUUCCUUGGAGACAGGAAUCUUGGAUUUUGUUGUGGUUUUGACCCCUAUGGCUUGAGAGAUUUCCUGAAAAAGUGUAGCAAAUCUGGGUUUGAUACCAAAGUAGGUAUUUUUCAAGAAUAGAAGCUUGUCAAUAUGUAACAAGCAGUGGAUCUUCCCAUGAAUACAAGAAACGCAAAAAUGCCCAGGGUUAUAUUAUCCUCCGCUAAGAGUGGGGCUCAAUACUGUAUCAUUCUCCAGAAAUUAUAAUUAGAACGCCGUCGGUGUGUUGGCCGUUACAAAUUUAUAUAUG